AUGGAAUGGUUUGGCAGUACCGACCCAUCACUUGGACCUACCAAUGAUAAUUUACAGGAACAAAACGCGAAAACAAUUUUACUAAGCAUCGGCGCUGACCUGUACGCUGUAGUUGAAGUAGUAGAUGAAGCGCGGCUUGCCAACAUCGUAAGCCAGAUGCCAGGAUACCAAUAUGUGAUCUGCGAUUACGGGUCACAUACUAAUACCAACGAGUCUGGAGCUUCGCCAAUUUCCGAAGCACAGAAAGAAGCAUUCAUCUACAAAACAUCUGUAUUCAGCAAUAUCAGUACGACUGCUUUACUUUCACAAGGCACAAACUCAGUUGCUGAUCUUAGCAAUCCCGCUUACAAUUACUGGUCAAGCGGACGAUUCCCCUUCCUGAUGUCAGCUGAUGUUACAUUAAAUUGUGUUACCAAGAAUGUGAAAUUCGUAUUAGUACACGCAAAAGCGAACACCUCUCCCACUGCCACCGCGUAUGCAAGGAGAAAAAGUGGUGCGGACACAUUGUAUUACACAUUAAACCAACUUUUCCCGAAUGAUAAUAUCGUGAUCCUCGGUGAUUUUAACGACGACCUCGAUCAGUCGAUCACUGCCGGGUUCACAACCACAUCAUGGAAUAGCUUUACCAACGAUGCGACCAAUUAUACGGCAUUGACCCUUCCGUUAAGCCUGGCUGGUAAACGUUCGACCACAGGCUUCAAUGAUAUGAUCGAUCAUGUGAUCGUAUCCAAUGAAAUGGCACCUUACUACAUGCCAGCCACAGCAAACGUGUUGAAUGAUGUUACGAGCCUCGUGUCUAACUAUGGCUCCACCACGUCUGACCAUUUCCCGAUAUUCACCCGUUACCAGUUCGAACAACCCGCACCCCCCGUCAUCACCUGCAAUGAAAAUAUCGUUGUUGACAAUGACAAAGGAAAAUGUGGAGCUGUUGUUACGUAUGCAGUCAAUGUAACCGGUGGAUGUGGCGCGUAUGACCUGGUACAAACGAUGGGUCUACCAAGUGGUUCAGAAUUCCCUGUUGGUGUUACGCUUAACUCUUUCAUCGUUACCGAUGGAGCCGGGAAUGCAGCCAUGUGCACAUUCUCUGUAACGGUUAAUGAUACGGAAGAUCCCAUCAUCACCUGCCCCGGCAAUCUCAGUGUACCUAAUGACGCAGGAACUUGCGGCGCUGUCGUGAAUUACGAAGUGACUUCAUCCGAUAAUUGUACAGGUACUACCGUUGAGCAGGUAGCCGGGUUGGCCAGCGGUGCUGUAUUCCCGGUUGGACAAACGAUCAACACCUUUACCGUUACCGAUGCGACUGGCCGUUCAGCCACUUGUUCCUUCACGGCAACUUAUACCGACAACGUGAGCAGUUGUGGUAAUACGGUCACGAUUACAAGAACGUGGAGAUUAGCAGAUGCAAACGGCAACCAGGCACCUGCGCAGCCACUGGCAUUUGUUCCCAACCGCAUACUAAGCGCGGCAACAGACGGACCGAAUCCACCGUUCUAUAUUUUCAGUGGAAACACCAGUGGUCUUUCAAAUCUCACUGUUACCGGUACAUUGUAUGGCAAGAUCAUUAUUGAAGAAGGAGCACAGGUCACCUUUGCACCUGCGGGUGGUGUGAUCAAUGUGGAGAAUAUGAUCGUCGAUGGAAGCCUCUUAAACAACACCCGCGUGAUGUUUGGUGGUUGCACGUCGGUACAG